UUUUUCACCUUUUUUUGCGGCAGCCAAAACUGGUCGUAAAUCCAGCCUUGCGCUGUCGGCAAAAGUUUAAGUGCUUGCCAGCGGUCGCCAGGAGCUACUCGCAAAUUUUCAGCAGCGCUGCGCAUAGUAACAGCCCUCAAACCAAAGUUUCCAGCAUCUCGGCAGCGGAACACAGCGGCAGCGGAACACAUGGCCGACCGCGCCGCAAUCUACGUCCAGGACGACCGCUUGGUCUGGGCGCCGGCGACCGUCCUGCAACAGAGCGCGGGCAAGCUCGUGGUCAAGGCGCGGCGCCCCGCCAACGACGCGUCACUAGAGAGCUGCCCCUACGUAGAAUUACAAACAGAGGGCGACGCCUCGACGCUGCCGCAGCAGAACACGCCAGCAAUCGUCGAAGACCUCGUCUCUCUAGACCGGCUCCACGAGGCCAGCGUGCUGUGGUGUUUGCGCGAACGGUUCUUCCGAGGCAAGCCCUACACGCGCACGGGAGACGACAUUGUGGUGGCCGUGAAUCCAUUUAAGUGGCUGCCUCAGUUGUAUGAUGCUCAAACGCGAGAACGCUACGGAGAGAAGCAAGAGGAAGCACACGCGUAUGCGAUCAGCAACCGCGCGUUUCGAGGCGUGCUCGAUGGCAGGGACCAGUCCAUUCUCGUGUCUGGCGAGUCGGGCGCCGGAAAGACCGAGACGGUGAAGAUUUUACUGCGGCACCUCUGUGGUGAUAGUAGUGAUGUGGCCUCUCGCGUGUUAGAUGCUGCUCCACUCUUGGAAUCCUUCGGCAACGCCAAGACGAUCCGGAACGACAAUUCGUCGAGGUUCGGCAAGUUCACGCGGUUGCGCUAUGAUGGACACGGCCGUCUGCGCGGGUCGGACUGCGAGACGUAUUUACUGGAGAAAAGUAGGGUCGUAGCCCAAGCGCCUGGGGAACGAACGUACCACUGCGCCUACGGCAUUCCUGAUUUAGAUGUAGCAGCUUUACAUUACGUCACGGCGUCGCAACGCGGUACGAUAGAAGGUCUUACAGAUGAGGAUAGACAUAGCCAGGCCUGGGCUUCACUGGCGAAGUGCGGCGUGUCUGCCAAGGAUCGCGAUUCACUAAUAGACAUGCUCAAGGCGGUGUUUCUACUCGGCGAUAGCACCGAUGAGGCAGCUUCAUUGCUCGGCGUACCCGCAGAUUCACUAAAAACAGCGCUCAAAGAACGAACAGUAACUGUAAGAAGAGAAACGACCAUCGUCCAGCGCACGCCAGCCGAAAGAACGGCCGCGAGGGACGCCCUCGCCAAAGAGCUCUACGCUCGAUGCUUCGAUUGGGUCGUCGCGCUCACGAACGAAGCCACCUCUGUCGAUGCGUGGGAGGCGUCGUGUGGUCUGCUGGACAUCUUCGGCUUCGAGUCCUUCCCGAUCAACAGGUUCGAGCAGCUGUGCAUCAACUACGCAAAUGAAAGACUACAGGAGAAGUUCUGUCAGUGGCUCAGCGUGGGAAAUGAGCUUCACAAGUUGACGCGGUCGCCGCGACGGCGUCGACGCGAUGCCGUGUCGCCUCGACGUCGUCGACGCGGCCGCGCGAGAGUCCACGCGUCUCGCGAGAGAGCCGCGGCAGUGUCGCGACGGCGUCGUUCCACACAGGUCGGGACCUGUUCCGGAGCGUCCAGGCGGAGUACGAGGACGAGGGGAUUCCCUUCGAACCCAUCGCCUUCCCGGACGCCGCCGCUGCGUUGAAACUGUUGGAGGGGCCGAUGGGUAUUGUAGACGUGCUCGACGAAGAGUGCGCCCGACCGGGCGGCUCGGAGCUGGCUCUCGUGUCGAAGCUGAAGACCUUGCACGACGACAAUCAACGUUUUUAUGUGCCGGACAAGUUCUCUGCGAACAAGUUCGGGGUAAGACACUACGCGGAACCAGUAUCAUACACCGUCGACGGGUGGUGCGAACGAAACCGCGACGCGCUACAUGCUGAUUUGGUAGAACUCAUGAAGAAGAGCUCCGUCUCGUCACUCUUCGAAACGGACGACAAGCGCCAAAAAACGGUCGCCUCCAAGUUCCGACGAAGGCUGAAGACGCUCCUCGAGGACGUGUCGCGGACGGAGACGAGGUACGUGCGGUGCGUGAAGCCCAAUAGCGAGGCGUCAUCUUCUUUGUUUGAUGCUCCAUCGGUUUGUGCCCAGCUGAGAUGCGCGGGCGUCGUCGCUGCGGUGGAAAUGACGCGGGCCGGCUACCCCAACCGGUCGGGUCACGCGGCGUUCCUCGCAAGGUACGGCCGGUUGACGUCCGAGUCUGAUGUAGAGAGCGUCGCACGUUCAUUACUUGGUGAAAGGAGGCACGCCGUCGGCAAGACUCGCGUGUAUUUGGGACCUGGCGUCUUGGAGUUCCUCGAGCGGCUGUUAUCCACGGCGCAUGCGAGGAGUGCCACUUCAGUAAAUACGUGUGCGCGGAGGUAUCUCCAGUUGAGACGGUUCUCUGUCCUCAGACAAACGGCUAUCCUUGUACAGAGGCGGCGGCGCGGUUUCGUGAGGAGGCGCGCGUUCGUGAGCCUCGUCGCAGCUUCUAUCACGCUGCAAGCGGUAGCGCGAUCAAGACGGGCUCGAAAGGCCACGAAACAUAAAAGACGCCGCGUGAGUGCGACUCGUCUCGCGGCGUGGGCGAAGACGCGCAGCGAGCUGCACAAGUUCACACGAGUCCGCGACGCCUCGGUGCGCAUCCAGACUUUAGUUCGAAGGGUCCUCGCUGUGUUGUUCGUGGAGAAGUUACGACGCAACGCCAUUGAGCGCCAGAAGAUGGAGAACCAACUUGACGAGUUAAGAAGACGCCUCGAUGAAGAGAAAGAGCAAAGAGAACGGGUCGAGAGGAGGCUGUCCUCUGAUACGUUGACGGACGAGUCCACGCGCAUGCUCGAUUACCUGAGGACGGAAGUGGUAGCUCUCACGCGGACCUGCGACGCUCUGAGAAGAGAAAAUGAUAUAUUGCGGACGCACCACGAGCGGGGCCAGCAGGCCCGCGCAUCGGCGCAACAAAGUGUCGCGGCGGUGGCGGCCCACGUGCGGUUCCUGGGCGACAAGAACGCGUCCAUAAAAAAUGAGAACCGGCAGUUGUUGAAAGCUACAGCGGUCCUCAAGGAAGAACUGGCCAUGAGGCAGGCCAUCUACCUCAACCAAGUGGCCCAGAACGCUAAAUUAAGGAGGGUCAUGGAGAGCAUGGUCGACACGGCGGACGUGCGCGGGUGCGACCGGUCGCUCCUCGAGGAGUUAAGGGUUAUGGCCGACUUGCCGUUGCACGAGGAUUCCAUUGACGAGGAGCCCGUCGUUGCGGGUGUCGACCAACGGCCAGGUUUUUUUGGAAGGCUCUUCGGUGGCUCUCAAAAACGGUCGUGGAUCGGGAACGCGCCGUCUCCCGGUGACAAGGCGCGGGGCCCGACGCACGCGCGGUCCCAGCGGCUGAGCCGCGUCGACGCGUCGACGACCUUCGAGUAACUGUUGUUGUAGUAGUCUAAAUACCCC